UGCCCGCCCCUGGCGAGCCGGGCCGUUCCGCUGGGCCCAGGAAGAACGAGUCGAUAACCGAGGAAACGGUUAAGCGAGCAGCCGGCACCGGCUGAACUGGUUCACCUCUUCUGUGCAAUAGCUGGAGGAAAGUCACUAAACAAGAGCAGCAGGGUUAUGUGACUGGAGUACUAACAGGCAAAUUUUAGUACCAUCACCAGUUAAAAGGUACAGUCUGUUCUAAGCAAUGUUUGCAAAUGAAAUGGCUGAGGCAACCUGCAUAAUUGGACACAAAAGGUCCCAUGAAUGUAAUGAAGUGGAAGAACCCCAGAAAACUAAAAAGAAAAGGAAGGUAGAUGAAGACACUUGCCAAAACCAGCACCAACAUAAGGAGAAGAAAUCCCGCUUGUCAGCUGGGUUGUUUGGUGAAGAUUGUGAAAUCAGCCAUGAACAGGUAUAUGAGUUCCUAAAGUACGCAGCUUUGGGAAAACGUCACAAUGCAUCUCAACCCAGCUGGUGUCGUAUUUAUCACCGAAGACACCUGGCUAAGGUUGUGGUUAUUGUUCUUCAGGAAGUCAGCCAGCUCUAUUUCUACAGGUUCUAUUUGCAAUUCAAACAUCUCAGAAGGGCAUUUCAACAUAGAUUCAGUUUACCACCUACUUCAACUAAUUUUAUAGCUAGUGUGUGUGGAGAAGGCAUAAGUAUGAAACAUCAGAACAGCAUACAAGGUUCAGCUUCUGCCUCUAGUGGACAUAUUUCUAAGAACUCAGACCUGCAAAAAGACCCGAUCAUUGAGAAAUACGGCGAGGAAAAGCGUGGUCUGACCAGCUAUAUUCUAACCUUGGAAGAGAUGAGAAAAUACAAUUAUCCUUUAGAAGGAUCCCCUGGGUGUGAGAAUUAUGUCCACACACAAUGCGAGAGACCGAGGACAGACAGCAGCCCCCUCUUUGGGCUGGAUUGUGAAAUGUGCCUCACUGAGAAGGGGAAUGAAGUAACUCGAGUCUCACUGGUGGAUGCAGAGGGUCGGUGCAUCAUGGAUGAGCUUAUAAAACCUGAAACCCAGAUACUGAACUACCUCACCAGAUACUCAGGAAUCACAAGGAAGAUUCUUCUUCCAGUGAAAACAAAACUCCCAGAGAUUCAGGACAAACUAAAGAAAUUGCUUCCCCGUGAUGCGGUAUUAGUGGGUCAUUCUUUAAAUGCUGACCUCCACGCUUUACAAAUGAUACACCCCAGUGUUAUUGACACCUCAGUGCUUUUUGCCAGACACAAAGGUCAACGGUUCAAGCUAAAAUUCUUAGCGAAAGCUGUUUUAGGGAAGGAAAUUCAAUGUGAAAAUAAAGUUGGUCAUGAUCCAACAGAAGAUGCUGAAGCUGCAGUUGAAUUGCUUCAAUAUUUUAUUGACCAGGGACCCAGAAAGGUGGUAGAACUAAAUUUGGAGACGGUGCUGUCAGCCCCAAAUCUGAUGGAGUUGUCACAGCAAAAAUCUGCAUUACAGCUGCAACAGAAUGGAAUCCAGAAGCAGUCAAGUGAACCUCCAAGCAAACCCCAACCAUGGUGUUUUUUAGACCAUUUGAAUGCUACUGGCCAAAAAACUCUCCUCUUGAGCAGAAAGGAACUAGCCUCUUCUGGCUUGGGUCAGAACAGUCUGAGCACUUCAAAUAAACAGAUACUUAAAAGAGCUAUACAAGAAGUUCCUCUGUCCUCAUUCAGUGUCAUUCAGUUUGCUUUGAGUUCAGAGCAUGUUGCACCAAACCUUAUUGCUGAAGUAUGUGAAAAGAUGAGAAUCCAGCUAGCUGACAUGUUGACUGUCUAUGCAGGUCCAUUUGAUAAAGACUUUUGCCUGAAGUCUUUAAGGAGAGAAUUUAAAAAGUGUGGUCCUAUCCAAUCACUUACUGUGCUCACGGAAACACACCAGCCCCACAUCUGUAUCCAGUAUGAAAUAUUAGAAGCUGCUCAGCUUGCUAUGGAAAGUCUGAAUGGAACUGAUGUUGCAGGGUCCUGCAUCAAGGUUCAGAGACCCGUCACUGUGAUGAUGCUAGACUGUGACAUGCUGAUAAAAGAGCUCGAAAUGGAUAUUGAAAACGAAGGUGUGAUUUAUGUGGCAGGGCUGAAGAAAACCCUAACUGAGACAGACUUGCAAGAGAAAUUCAGUCAUUUGAAAGACCUGCAAGCUCUUUUCUGGCCUAGGGAUCUCAAAAGAGGGAAGCACAGAAAUUACUGUUUCCUGAAGUUUCAAACCUCAGAAAGUGCCCUACAGGCUCUUCAAGAUAUAAACAGGCAAGGAGCUGAAGGCAGCCAACUGCAAAGUAGAAAAGCUCUCACUCCUAGCCACCUCCACAGAUGGAUUUGUCAUAUGGCCCGUAACAAUGGGAAGCCUGUUCAGCUGGCACAUCACAUCCUACAUGUGAAAAAGGAACAACUAUCUACCUCUGAGCAAGACCUAAGGAAAAAGCUGAAGAAGUUAGACCACAGUAUCAAAAAGCUCUAUAGAAGUCUGGAGAAUAAUACACUGUGUGUCGUUCUUUUGCCAGGUGUGAACAGUGUUCAUGGAUCAUUCUCUGGCCUUGGUCUGAUGGGAAUAAAGGAAGAAAGCAAGAGUAGUGCCUGUUAGACUGCCAGGUUUUAGAAAAAAGUCUUAAGAUUUUUUUAAAUUAAUUCUAUACCCCAAGAACAAGAGGCUCUGCCGGUGUACUUUAACAUUUAAAAAUAAAAACAAUUCAAAACUGUUAGUGCAGCAACCCCUUCUUCUAUUUAACACUUCUAGCUUUGGUGCUUUUGGCUGGCUCGUAAUCAGCUCAGUGCUUAGGAAGCUCUGUGUGUGUGCAGAGACUGCUAAGACAAAACCGGUAAGCUAGGGUGGUCAAUUUUUCUAGAAGCUGAAUGGUCCUUAUCUAGAGGGGGUUUAAGUCUGUAAAGGGCUUGUAAGGAUACUUGUCAGCUGGGCUGCUUUCACUUGGCCGAUCCUUGACAGACAGACUAUGCAAAAUUAAUGUACAUCUGUCCCCCCAAGAAAGCUGCUAUGAGGUUGUAGGAACUCUACACCAGUGUUGUGGAGUCUCUGGAAAUUGGGCCUCAAUUAACAUUUCAUGUAAAUGUCUGUUAUAGAUGGUG